UAAAAAAAUGGUGUCCCCACUCUGUUAAAAUUGAAAAUUCCACACACAACAAAACCUCAAAAUUCCUGCAAUUCAACAGUCAUUUUGCACGCACUUUCACUCCCCUCUGCGCGUCUGAUACCACUUUCCCUCCCCCCAAGUAACCGGUUUUGUCAAUUAAUUAAAUCUACACACAGUUUCACCCAUCGCUGCGUGUGUUUGGUGUGUUGGGGGGGGGGGGGUAAAAGAGAGCUGAGGAGUAAAAAAAAGAUUGCAAAAAGGGAUGAAGCAAGAAGCAGUCACCUCUUUCUCUUUCUCUCUAUGUGGUUGAUAUUUGACAGGCAUUCUGCAGCUGUGGGCGAGAGAGAGAGAGAGAGAAAUUAGAAACAAAAGGAGGCGUUUUUACUAGACAUCCAACACUAAAGGGUGGGGAAUUUUAGAAAAAAGAUGGUGGGCUCAGGAGCAGGAGCAGGAGCAGGAGCAGGAGCAGCAGACAGGAGCAAAGAAGCAGUUGGGAUGAUGGCCCUUCAUGAGGCCCUUAGAAGCGUCUGUCUCAACUCAGACUGGACUUACUCUGUCUUCUGGACCAUUCGUCCUCGCCCGAGGGUUAGAGGCGGCAAUGGCUGCAAAGUUGGAGAUGACAAUGGUAGCUUAAUGUUGAUGUGGGAAGAUGGGUUCUGCAGAGGCAGAGUUGCAGAGUGUUUGGAUGAGAUGGAUGGGGAGGAUCCUGUCAGGAAAGCCUUCAGCAAGAUGUCCAUUCAGUUGUAUAAUUAUGGAGAAGGGUUGAUGGGAAAAGUUGCUUCUGAUAAAUGUCACAAAUGGGUAUUCAAGGAGCCUACAGAGUGUGAACCAAACAUCUCCAACUACUGGCAGAGUUCAUUUGAUGCUCUACCUCCAGAGUGGACUGAACAGUUUGAUUCAGGCAUUCAGACUAUUGCUGUUAUUCAAGCUGGGCAUGGCCUACUCCAGCUUGGUUCUUGCAAGAUUAUACCAGAAGACCUUCAUUUUGUGCUGAGAAUGAGGCACACUUUUGAAUCUUUAGGCUAUCAAUCUGGAUUUUACCUAUCCCAGCUGUUUUCUUCGACUCGGGGGGCUUCCUCGUCGUCCACGGCUCCUCUAAAGCAGCCGGCAAUGGCGACACGCCCACCUCCUCCCCUGUUCAACUGGGGGCCCAGGCCACUCCCCUCGAUGCCGAAUUUCCCAAACUCGGGUGCUCGAAUGGGGAUGCCGCCAUCCAAGGACGAGCCUCACAUGUUCUUGCACCCUCACUCGAACGGGGAGAUGAUCUCGGAGCACGAGAACGACAUCAAGUGGCCGAACGGGCUGUCCUUCUUCAGCGCCCUUACCGGGAGGACCGACGAGGCGAAGCUGCUGUUCAAUCCGGACGGGCUCGGAGGGGCUUCCAAGCCCGAUAAUAAUAAUAAUCCGAACCCUAACGACUUCUUGAGCUUGGACAGCCAUUCUAAGAUGGAUGGCAAGUUCAAGAGGAGCUUCACGUUGCCAGCGAGGAUGGUGACGUCGUCGUCCCCGUCGCUCAACCAUCUCUCCCACAAUCCUGGGGAGUAUAGGAAUGAAGGUGGGGGGAUGUAUGGCGAUGUUAUGGAGACUUUCUUGGAUUAGUUUUUUAUGUUGUGUUUGUACCUAGGGCUAGGAGGAACAAUGUCUCAUGCCUCACUUUUUAUUUGUAUGUUUUAGCACUUUGUUUAAUUUCUUUCCUCUAUCAUAUGCAGUGUUGUUAGUAGUUA